AACUAAAGCCAAAACUAAAACACAGCCCAUCAUCAGCUUCUGAUUCUUCUUUGUAUAUUUCACCGAGCCCUCCACCAUCUGUUCCCUUGACACAGUUUUUUCUUGUUAAUUUGCAAUCCUAAAAACUUUGUCUCUCUCAAAUCUUUGAUCUUCUGCUCAUCCGAAAUCUAUCCUUUAGAUUGCACUCUCCUCCACAAAUGGCGCUGUCAAAGCGUGGCCAUAGGUUCUUCAAGUUUAGAAGUCUAGUUUCUUGCCCAAGUCCCACAUAUCACAAUCUUUUCAAUUUGUAGAAAAUCUAAUCUUUUUCCCCAGAAAACGAUUCUCCUCCACAAACCAGAUUUGAUUUUGCUCUCAACAGAAAGCUUUUGUUUUACCAUUGGCUGACACGAAAUAUUCCCUUUCCCCAACAUACCAGCCUCUCAACAGUUUUUCAACAGUUUCCUUCGGGGCUCUCUUCAAAUCUUCUUGGGCAGUAUCUGCAUAUCAGCAUAUAUAGAUUCUCCACUCUUGUCGCUCUCUCUCAAAGACUAGAUGAUUUCCAAGGACUACUACUACUUCUCACGUGCAGUUGUGGAAAUGGCUUGGAUUAUGCUCAGCGUCGAUUACUCGAGGCUCUUUUGGUUAUUGUUUGGUGUCUUUUCCUAUGAAAAUCAUGAAGGAAAGCCUCGGAUCAUCUAGCACAUCACCCACCCGUCAACUUUAUUUCGCCCAUAAUCUAUAAUUCUGCCUGCCUGCCUACCGUACGCCCCUUGCUCUUGAAUUAUACUAGUAGAUAAUUAAGUAUAUUAGUGAUUUGAGGAUAUUACAGUAAGCCAGAAACUGGAACCUAGAAGAGAGGUUUUGAGGGUGCCUUAUCUCUCAGACAUGUACAAAACACGUCUAGGAGGAUGUGUCGAUGGAGUUCAAUCCCAGCUUGGAUACGUUGAAACCGAUGCAUCUGGUCGGUAUGGACGUUUCGGAGAGAUUCUUGGUCAAGGAGCCAUGAAGACAGUGUAUAGGGCAUUUGACAAGGUCCUUGGAAUGGAGGUGGCGUGGAAUCAGGUGAAGCUUAAUGAUGUCUUCCGUUCACCAGAGGAAUUGCAACGACUUUACUCUGAGGUUCACCUCCUCAAGAACCUCAACCAUGAUUCCAUCAUGCGAUUCUACACAUCUUGGAUAGACAUUGAUCGUAGAACUUUCAACUUCAUCACUGAGAUGUUCACCUCUGGCACCCUUAGAGAGUAUAGACAGAGGUACCAACUUGUGGAUAUGCGAGCAAUUAAGAACUGGGCUCGCCAAAUUCUACAAGGUCUGGCUUAUCUGCAUGGCCAUGACCCUCCAGUGAUCCACAGAGAUCUUAAGUGUGAUAACAUCUUUGUCAAUGGUCACCUUGGACAGGUCAAGAUCGGUGAUCUAGGAUUAGCUGCCAUUCUUCGUGGGUCACAACAUGCCCAUAGUGUUAUAGGUACGCCAGAAUUUAUGGCACCGGAACUAUAUGAGGAGGAUUACAACGAGCUAGUGGAUGUGUACUCGUUUGGCAUGUGUGUACUAGAAAUGCUUACUUCUGAGUAUCCAUACGGUGAGUGCUCCAAUCCGGCACAAAUCUAUAAGAAAGUGACUUCGGGAAAGUUGCCAGAGGCAUUCUACAGGAUUCAAGAUGAGGAAGCCCGGCGAUUUGUUGGAAAGUGCCUGGAGAAUGUUUCCAAGAGGUUGCCAGCCCAUGAACUCUUGCUUGACCCAUUUUUGGCCUCUGAGGAAGCAAGUCCGUUGCCAAUCCCAAGAGUCUCGAGCCGAAAGCUAACUCCUGAUGGCCCAGUCAGAGAACUGGCGCCUUCUGUGGAGGUUGAUCCAACAAGGAGUACCGAUAUGUCAAUAACUGGCACAACGAAUCCUGGAGAUGACACUAUUUUUCUCAAAGUACAGAUUACAGACAAGGAUGGUCAUGCUCGGAACAUCUAUUUUCCCUUUGACGUAGUGAAUGACACUGCAAUUGAUGUUGCCUUGGAGAUGGUGAAAGAAUUGGAAAUUAAUGACUGGGAACCAUUGGAGAUUGCUGAAAUGAUAGAGGAGGAGAUAUCUUCCCUUGUUCCAACUUGGAAGGACUUGGGCUCCUCUCAAGUCCAUCAUCAGCACAGCUUCAAGUACGAAGAUGAAGAAGAAGAUGAUGAUGAUGAUGAUGACCAAACCGGAAUUCGCCAUCCUUUCUAUGCUACCUCCUCCCGUUCUUCCUCCCAAGUUUCCAUCCCAACUUUCCUUUCUUCCUAUGAAACCCAAUUUUGUCAUGGCAAAAAUGUGACUUCUAGUUGCAAUUGGCCCCAAGAAGAUGUAUUUAGCAAUGAUGAUGCAAGUUCCAGUUGCUCCAUGAACUCGCUCCGAUAUUCUAGCUUGAAUUAUGAAGAUGACUUUGAAUGGAGUGCUCAACAGGGAGAGCACCCUUGCAUUCCAAAGACCCUCAAAGCUACAAGAUUCUGUCCAUCAGAAAGCACGAGUGUUUACAGCCACAAAAAAAGGAAUGCACAACUUAAUUCAUGGAGGUUUUCUCACUCAAAUGACCAGCGGAAGCUAACCAAGAUUCGUUCACUUGUGGACAUACGUAGCCAAUUGCUGCACAGAUCAGUAAUGGCAGAGUUAACCAAAAGGCGCUUGUUUAAGACCAUCGGAGCCAUGGAGAACAUUGGAUUUCAGGAGCCGAACGGAUGCUUCGGUGGCAGCCUCACGGGGAGGAUUUCAAGAUCGUGACGAAAAUUAUGUGGGAUACUUAGGUGGUUAAAAUCCCAUUAAUCUCUCUGUUAAUAUUCUAGUUGCUUUAUGCUGUGUUUUAAGUGUUGGUGCUUUGUCCAAAUUAACUCUAAAUCCUCAAUCUGGUUCAGUGGAGUAACUAACGCAGAUUACAGGAUGCAUCAGACUAUGAAGUUAUAUUCCAUAAAGCAUCACUAUAUAUAUUUUGGAAUGAGGAAACUUUAUUGUUAUACAUA